CACCCCCGAUCUCGCCGCCAUGGACGCCGACGAGAUGGACAUCGACCUCGACGGCGCCGGCGCCGGCGCCACUGACGACAUCGAUGCCCCCUUCUCCGCCUCCCCCGCGUCCGCCUCCGGCUCCCUCCCGGCCGUCCUCUCCGAGCUCGCCGCCCUCCACCGCCGCGCAUCCUCCUCCUCCUCCUCCUCCUACUCCUCCGCCUCCCCGUCCCUGUCCCUUCCCUCCAUCACCUACCUCUCCUCCGCCCCCGCCGCCGUCGCAUCCCUCUUCCCUCGCCUCUCCGCGGCCGGCAUCCCGGCGUCCUCGGUGCUCCCCCCGCUCGAGGCCUCCCUCUCCGCGCACCCGCUCCCCGCCGCGGUCGCGUACCUCCGCCUCCUCCUCGCGCCGGCCUCCCCGCUCCUCACGCUCUUCUCCCCGCUCCCAUUCCUCUCCCUCCUCCUGGCCAUCCGCAAGGCCGCCUCCUCCUCCGCCGGCGCCGCCAACCCUAGCUCCGGUUCCGGCGGCGGCCGCGGCAAUCCCCGGAAGCGCAAGAACCAGCGCCACCAGCCGGCUGCGGCACCGCAGGCGGCGCCGUCGCUGCUCCCGCGGGCGCUCUCCCUUCUCGCCGACGCCGCGGGGAGGCUGCCGCUCCGGGCCCAUCCGGACGCGCGGCGGUCACUCGUCGACACCGCCGCGGAGCUCGCGGCGUUCGAUGUCCUCGCCGCCGUCCUUGGAUCCGACUACCACGCCGAGGCGGUGCAGGAUGUGGUGCGUGCGCUGGCGCCGGUUGUACUGUCAGGGACGAAAUCUACGGCACGGGUGGCCGCGGUACAAUUCCUUGUGACGAAGUUGGUACCUUUGGGUGCUGAGGAAGGGGAGGAUGUGGUGAGGAAGGCUAUGGAGUACCUGCCAAGGUACUUGUCUGUGAAGGCCCCGGACAAGGCGGAGGCCAGGGCACUGGCAGUGGAGGCCAUAGUCGAGGUGGUGCGGGCAUUGGGGUCAGAGGAAAGGGAGGGGUUUGCUGGGUAUGUGGUGGCCAUGUCAAAGGGCAAGGCGAAGGGGCGGCUGCUUGCUGUGGAUUUGGUGCUUGCAAUGUUACCGGUCCUGUUGCCAUCGGAUCGGGAUGACUGGGAUCUCGAGGAGGGCUCUUGGGGGCUGAAGUUUCUCCAGGUGUUGGUGGAGAGGUGCUCCGAUAGCGUGGGAGGGGUUCGAGCUCGGGCAUUAACUAAUGCAGCCCAGGCGCUUGAUGUUUUGUCUGAGAGAGGUGUAGAGGUUGAUCGGUUGCAGGAGGUGAUGAGGACUGGGGACAUGGGGCUUGGGGAAUUGCUGAGACGGCGUUGCACUGAUGAUAAGGCUGCUGUGAGGAAGGCUGCGCUUGUGCUCAUCACAAAGGCAAUCAGUCUGAUUGGGAGACCCGUUGAUGAGUCUCUACUUUGUGCAAUGGGUGCCGCAUGCUCUGAUCCAUUGGUCAGCAUCCGCAAGGCUGCUCUUGCAGCCAUUUCGGAGGUGUUUAGGAAAUUCCCUGAUGAGAAAGUGAUGAAAGAGUGGCUUCAGGCUGUGCCUCCUCUGGUGAUUGAUAGUGAGACAAGCAUCCAGGAGGAAUGUGAAAACCUCUUUCUCGAAUUGGUACUUAACAGGAUCUGCCAAUCUGCCAAUUUGAACCCAGAUGAUGAUUCCAUUAAGCUGGAGGAUGUUUUUCCUGAAGGGACACUGGAUUUGCUGAAAAGCAUCUGUGAUGGAGAGAUUGCUCCGUGCAUAAAGAAGAUAUGUGCAAGCCUUGGGAAGAAGAAGAAGCUGAAACCACUGCUUGCUAGUUCACUGCAGAACAUCAUAACAAUAUCCGAAUCCUUGUGGUUGAGAAGUCGUAAGCCAAUUGAGACUUGGACUGCACCUAUAGGGUCUUGGUGGCUUCUUUCUGAGGUCUCAUCAUUUGCACCAAAAUCGGUUAAUUGGAAGUUCCUGUCCCACCACUGGAAACUCCUUGAUAAUGUUAGGCAAGAUGACAGAGGUAAAGCUUGUUCUCAAGUGGAACCAAACUGUGCGCUCUGGGCAGUUAAUCGUGUAUCACUCUUGCAAACUAUUUCAAAUGUCUCCAUGGAGCUACCUGUGGAACCUGCAGCAGAAUUGGCACACAGCUUGCUCACAAGGAUUGAGAAUUUUGAUAUGAACCUCAGUGAGGUUGAUGCCCAUGUAAAAUCGCUGAAAAUUUUAUGUAAAAGGAAAGCAAAAACAGCAAAGGAGGGUGAUGCACUGAUCCUGAAGUGGGCACAGCAACUUAUCCGUAGUGCUGUUGACAUCCUUGACCAAUACAUAAAAGAGACAUCAGAAUCAGCCAGGGGUCACAGUUUCGUUACUCCUGUGAGUAGCAAAAGCAGGGGAAAGAAACAGACACCCGCAUCAAAGUCAACAUCAGACGCAGUUAUUGCUGUGUUCACUGUUGGAUCACUGAUCCUAGCUUGCCCCACUGCCAAUGUGAAAGACAUCACUCCUUUGCUGCACACAAUCAUAACUUCUGGAAACUCUGAGCUGAGGCCAAAAAAUCUUGUUGGUGGGACAAUAUCAUUCAAAGAGUUAGCUCCAUCGUUAUAUAUACAGUCGUGGGAUACAUUGGCAAAAAUUUGCCUUGUAGACGACAAAGUGGCCAAACGAUACAUUCCAAUUUUUGUCCAGGAGCUUGAAAGGAGUGAUAUGGCUACCCUUCGGAAUAAUAUCAUGAUUGCAAUGGCAGACUUCUAUGUCCGUUAUACCGCAUUGGUCGACUGUUAUAUGUCAAAAAUAACAAAAUCACUUCGUGACCCCUGUGAAGUAGUACGGAGACAAACAUUUAUUCUACUCUCCAAGUUGCUACAGAGGGACUAUGUAAAGUGGAGAGGAGUUCUCUUCCUUCGGUUUCUGCCAUGUUUAGUUGAUGAGUCGGAGAAGAUAAGGCAUUUGGCUGACUACCUUUUCGGCAACAUCUUAAAAGCUAAAGCGCCACUCCUUGCAUAUAAUAGUUUUAUUGAAGCUAUAUAUGUCCUAAAUGAUUGCACUGGACAUGGUGCUUAUAGCGAGUCUCAAGGAAGUUCAGACAGAAGACCUGCCCUUUUUGCAGUUCGUGGCACUGAUGAAAGAUCAAGGUCAAAAAGAAUGCACAUUUAUGCUUCUUUGCUGAAACAAAUGGCACCAGAGCACCUUUUAGCCACAUCGGCCAAAUUAUGUGCUGAGAUCUUGGCAGCUGUUUGUGAUGGUUUGCUCAGUGUUGAUGAUGCUGGUGGAAGGGCUGUACUUCAGGAUGCUCUGCAAAUACUGGCUUGCAAGGAGAUGCGCAUCCACCCCAAUAUCUGCACAGAUAAUUCCGAGAUGGACGAGGAAGGUGGCGAAGGUGGAGGGACAGCCAGCGCGCUCCUGGCGGCCAAAGGGAGGGCGGUGACCCAGGUCGCGAAGAAGAACCUGAUACAGAUCGCGGUCCCGAUCUUCAUUGAGCUGAAGCGGCUGCUGGAGAGCAAGAACAGCCCGCUGACGGGCUGCCUGAUGGAGUGCCUGCGCGCCCUGCUCAAGGACUACAAGAACGAGAUCGAGGAGAUCCUGGUGGCGGACAAGCAGCUCCAGCGGGAGCUCCUGUACGACAUGCAGAAGUACGAGGCCGGCAAAGGGAAGGGCAAGGCGGCCGCCGAGUUUGAGACCGGCCCCAGCGGCACCGCGAGGUCCCCGGCCAGGCAGACGCCGGCCGGUGCGGCUGCGGCGAAGGUGGAUGCGUCCGCGAGAGCCACUGUCAGGUCGGUGCUGAAGGAGGUGAAUCGGAACACGCCGACGCCGCCCCUGCAUUCCAUGAGCGUGCCCAAGGUGAAGUCGAUUCUGGGCACCGCCGGUCCUGGCUCUCGCCGCCCCGGUGUUCUGGAGUCGGUCCGGCGGCUUCAGCCGUUUGAGUCGGACGAUGAGAAUUAGCGUGUUCGCUCAUGGCAUGUUGUCUGAUGGUCGUUUUAGUAUGAUGCUAACCUGCGUACCAGAUUAGGAUGGUAUCUACCAAUCUCAUUCUCUCGAUGAGAGUUUUGGCCGGCUGGCCGUGUACAUAUUCUUGGAAUGCAAUCAUGGUAGAAAUAAAUCGAAACAAUUGCGGCU